GUGGUCCCUCCACCUUUUCGUAGGUGCCUGGAUCUUGCUAGGAAAAAAAAGGAAAGCGAGCAGGAAGGCAGGGUAGGUAAAGUCAUCCCUUGAGGUGGUGACACCUCCUUACACGACUUCAGGGAAAAUGCUGGGCUGCUGGGCAGUCCUCCCAGACAGCUGCCUAUCACGGUGCUGAGAGUAAGAGGUGACCUCUGUAUUUUUAGCAGGGGGCUGUCAUAAUAGCCCAGCCCUCCCUUCAUUCAAGGCAGGAGGCAGGUGCUUUAGAAGUUUGUAAACACCAACUGUCUGAGUAGGGGAGGUGUGCUUUUCUCCAAAAAGGAAAGAAUUUUUCUAUUGGGGUUCCCCCCUCCGGAUAGUCUGUGUUACUGUGGAAAAGACGCUGUCUUUGGCUUUCUUAGUUGGGGUGAGCAGGUGUGACAGCCCACUGCAGUUAUUAUUCUUAAAGGGCAGAAAUGCCUGAAGGUGACGACUUCAGACCAGGCAAAAGCUGGGAAGUUAUCAAUUCCAAGCCAGAUGAAAGACCCAGACUCAACCACUGUAUUACAGAAUCAUGGAUGAAUUUCAGCAUAUUUCUUCAAGAAAUGUCUCUUUUCAAACAGCAGAGUCCUGGCAAGUUUUGUCUCCUGGUCUGCAGUGUGUGCACAUUUUUCACAAUCUUGGGAAGUUACAUUCCUGGGGUCAUUCUCAGCUAUCUGUUGUUGCUGUUUGCAUUUCUGUGUCCACUGUUUAAAUGUAAUGAUAUUGGACAAAAAAUGUACAGCAAAAUCAAGUCAGUUCUACUGAAACUAGAUUUUGGAAUUGGAGAAUAUAUUAACCAAAAGAAACGCGAGAGAUCUGAAGCAGAUAAAGAAAAAAGUCACAAAGAUGACAGUGAAUUAGACUUUUCGGCACUUUGUCCUAAGAUUAGCCUCACGGUUGCUGCCAAAGAGUUAUCUGUGUCUGACACAGAUGUCUCAGAAGUAUCUUGGACUGAUAAUGGAACCUUUAAUCUUUCAGAGGGAUACACUCCACAAACAGACACUUCUGAUGAUCUUGACCGGCCUAGUGAGGAAGUGUUCUCUCGAGAUCUUUCAGAUUUUCCAUCUCUGGAAAAUGGCACAGGAACAAAUGAUGAGGAUGAAUUAAGCAUUGGCUUACCCACUGAGCUCAAGAGAAAAAAGCAGCAGUUGGACAGUGGUCGCAAACCAAGCAAAGAGAGGCAGUCUGCAACUGGUCUCACCCUUCCUCUGAACAGUGACCAAGCCUUUCACUUGAUGAGCAACCUGGCUGGGGACGUCAUCACAGCGGCAAUGACAGCUGCAAUAAAAGACCAGUUAGAAGGCACCCAGCAGGCACUUGCUCAGGCUGCCCCCAGUGCAGGAGAGGACACAGACACCGAAGAAGGUGAUGACUUUGAACUACUUGACCAGGCAGAGCUGGAUCAAAUUGAGAGUGAAUUGGGACUUACACAAGACCAAGAAGCAGAAGCACAGAAAAAUAAGAAGUCUUCAGGCUUUCUUUCAAAUCUACUUGGAGGCCAUUAAUCUGGGAGUCCGCCUGCAGCUGAGCACAUAUGAACCACCAAAAAAUUUCAAAGAAAGACAGAAACAAACAAACAAAAAAAAAAAAAGAAAAAAGUUGAAUUGUAAGCUUUAACAAUUACUUUAGUUUUUUUUGUUUUCUUUUCCUUUCUGCAGUGAGUUGGAUAUAUAUAUAUAUAUAUCAACUGAUACUGAUUGAUAUUUCUGAUAGUUAUUUUUAUGUAAUAAGCAUGGAAAUGAAAUUCAUAGAUACAUACAUACUGUGGUGUCAUAUAUGAUUAGAGGUUUUUAAAGCAAAGAGAAAAAUAUCCAAAUCCAUCAAACUAUAAGAUCUUUCUAUAAGUAUUCUUUCUCCUCAUAAUUUCCAAGCAUGCAAAAGUUUAUUGUAACUCAUUGGAAUGAUGAACUGUGAGUACAUAUCAGCUCCCUUUUUCCUCAUACUUGGAAACAGUUUUUAAAAACCUGGUACAGUUUAAUAUAGAAAGAGAAAUUCUUGAAAUGUCUUUGGAAGAAGGAUUUGGAAAAUGUUAUACACAUUAAUUUCCUAGGAAAAACUUAAAAAAUAUACUUAAGAACUACCGAUAGACUGAAGUUCCCUGUUGUUUUAGCUGUUGUAUACAUAGGCUUACUUGUAAAGUGGCAUGCUCCAUUGACUGCCGUAUCUAGUCUUGCAAGAGGUGGUAUUAACCCACAGAAAGCAAGUAGUUAUGGCUCCCAUAACGAUGGUUUUGAUCUAAACAGAUUCACUGUUUUGUUCUUUUGUCAUGCCUGUGAUGGGGGUGCUGUGAAUGCGGAUCUGUUCUGCACACUCAGACUUAAGUUAAACCUGAUUUUUUUACAUUGUGUUAUAGAGAAUCUCUAUUGUGAAACUAGUUACUGGUAUGUCCUAUGAAUGAUGCGGUCAUCAACAAGAAUGGAACAACUGUUUUUUAGAAUGUAGAAGUAGAGGGACUUAAAGUGUACUUCUGUGCUACUGCAGUCUAUGUAAUCUGUUUCCUAUUGAGAAGUUAGAAUAUUAUUUUUCUUUAAACUUUUUUUUAGAUCACCUUUAAAUAAUCAAAUAUGACUUAGAGCUUUUAACAAACUAAAAAGCGGAAGCCAAGAUAGUUGUUUUAUUUUGUGAUAUAAUCUUUUAGUAGCGUUGAGGGACCAUGUCAGCAACUAUCAAAAAUCUCUUAAAUCUUCAGCUACAGCUGGCAUCUAACACAGGCCCUCCAAAAGGAAGGGUGACGAGACUGUAGGAAAUCUGUGUUCCCUUUUGGUUUGAUCCCUUUUUUUUUCUAAAGACUAAUUAUAGUAACUUGAAAUUUUAAUGUAGCAUCUCUUAUUUAUUUUUUCUUUCUGAGGUAUUAAAAUCUUUAGAUUAAAUUUUGCCAAAUGUAAAAGGGAGAGAAGUUACUGGAGACUUUGAAUAUUUGCUUUUUGUGAUUGACUAUGCUUAUGUCAUUAGCGCCUCAUGACUGUGUUUGAUAUCCUUUAUUGAUACAAAGUGAGCCUGUGCCUUCAUUAUCUUGCCCAUUUUGGUACAAAUGUAAAUUUGUGUUAGAAAAUCUUGGAAUUGUGUGAGUCUGGAAGAAUAUAUCUGAAUUCUAUUCAACGAGUUUUCUGGACAUGAAGAAAAAUACAGUCACAUAUUUAUAAAAUAGUUGUUACCAGUA